AGUUGAUAAAGACAGGAGUGGAAUAAUAUGUGAUAAUGAACUUCAGCAGGCAUUAUCCAAUGGCACGUGGACUCCAUUUAAUCCAGCAACAGUCAGGUCAAUUCUUGGCAUGUUUGACAGAGAAAACAAAGGGGGUGUGAACUUCAAUGAAUUCACGGGAGUCUGGAAAUACAUCACAGACUGGCAGAAUGUCUUUCGAACGUAUGACAGAGACAAUUCUGGAAUGAUUGACAGAAAUGAACUAAAGCAAGCACUAACAGGUUAUCGACUGUCUGAUCAAUUCUACGAUAUCCUUAUUCGGAAAUUUGACAGACAAGGAAAAGGACACGUUGCUUUUGAUGAUUUUAUUCAGUGCUGUGUUGUUCUACAGAGGCUGACCGAUGUGUUCCGGCGGUACGAUACGGAUCAGGAUGGCUGGAUCCAGGUGUCCUAUGAGCAGUAUCUUUCCAUGGUCUUCAGCAUCGUAUGACAGCCACAACCAGGAAUUGCACACUGGCGUUACACAGACUGCAGUUGCCAAAUCAUCCUCUACUGAAUAAGAUCUUUGAUGUAUUAUAAUGGAUGCAACAUCACAUUCUUAAAUUUUGUAUGUUGGUAAUCAUCGUCAGAAUCUGUACUUCAGUUGGUUUUUAUUUUGUAUUAUUGUAUGAUAUGACCAUCUCUGCUUACUGUAGUACAGAAAGCACAGAAUCUAGAUUUAACCAGUAUAAUGUUGAACAUUACCUCUUACACAUAUCCUGCAUGGGGGAAAUGACUCUUUAGAAAUGCCAAAUUAAAAUGAUGCUUGUUAGUUUAUAUCAGAUGACAGCCAGAAGUUGCACAACAUGUUUUGCAUGUGCCUUACUUUUAUAAGAGUUUAAUGUAUUAAUUUUUAAAUACAGACUUUAAAAUUAAGUAAAAAUACUAAGUCAACUUUUAGUCUAUUUCACUUUUGUAGAGAGGAUGGUUUUUCUAGCCUCCUCCUCCUUUCAGGAUAUCCUUGGGCUGGCUUCAAAUACAACUUCUUCACCUGUGAAGAAGGUCAUAACUGCACCUCCUUUGAUAAGUUCCCCACAAAAAUGAACUCUGACUCUGAAUAUUCUCCCUUUGCUUAGUUGUCUCAUUUAACAUCAGAAAUCUUUCUUUUUGUGCUGAAGCACUUAGUUGCAGUGGCCUUGAAUUGACAGUCAGACAUUAUCAUGACUUUACCGUACAUCUCACCAUUUACAGCUAAUGAGAGAGAGUGGAAAAACUGAUUCCUGUCACAAAUCAUCUCUUGCAACGACUCCAAGGAAGCAACUUGGAGGAAGCAAAGACAACAACAACAACAAAAAAAAAGUCAGUUACAAUGUUACUUCCAGGUGACCCUGAGAUUGGCUCAGAUGGUCAGAAAAUGGCACAAGUAACACCAAGGUCACACGUUCAGUCCCUGUAUGGUCCAUUCACUGAAGAGCUGGAUUUAGUGAUCCUUGUGGCCUCUUUCCAACGAUUCUCUGAUUCUGUGUCUCACCCUGAGCAGAAUGCCCGGUGUGAAGGCAGCAAAGUGGCAACUGCAACUGUUACCAAACAUCUGUCAUGGAGAGAAGCUGCUACUAUUUUUCAGGUGAUAAUCAGACCCUCAGUGACAACUCAGCAACACUCUGAACUCUUCUGGUGUCAAAUAUGUGGGGAAAAACCAAUGGCCACCACAGCAUAAGCACACUGAGAAAAGGAGUGCUCCCAAAGCACUCUCAGAAUCGUCACCCAAAAGGCAAGGAAUUGGUUUGGGGUGAGGAGGGAGAUCAGGAAUAACAACCAGUGCAGAAACCACCUCAUCCAACAGCUGUGAAAGUUAUGUAUCCUGAAGAAAACAAGGGAAAAAGACUUCUGCAUUACUCUUUGAACCUUCCCUCCCUGGAAGGCUGAGAUGAUAACUAUAUGUGCUCUCUCCAGAAACAAAAUAGAAGAGCCCCAAAUUUCAGGGCUCAAAAAAGCUCCCUGGUUUCUUUCCCACUAAGAAAUCUGUCCUUUUGGAUCAUAGACCCACAUAAAAUCCAGUAAUUCUGGAAAGCAUUUUGAGGAGUACUAGUAAGUCCGUGGUACAAACUAAAAAGCUAGAAUCUGAGAAACUUCCCAAGUUGUCUCCCCCUGAAUGAUGUUUCCAUGUCCAGCUGGCCUUGGUAUUCCACUGCCCUUGGUGCAGAACAGCUGGCUCCAGCAUUUCCUAAAGGGGCAAUAAGCUAUGUCAGCAGGUUUUUAAGGAAAUUGGAAAUUGCUCCAAGGGUUCAGGUGCAUUCUGAGAACCACUGCCUCCAUGCCAAGGCCUGUGAUGGAGCUGCAUUGGUGCUGACAGGUGCUGGGCAUGCAAUGCUGCUCUGCAGGCUGUCAGGACCUACUUUAUUUCUUGAGGUUGUUUCUUGAAGAAGAAUUGGAGUCUAGUCAGAGUUCUGCUCCAAUUCUAUACUACACAGGGGCAAGAAAUAGCAAAGGGUUUUCUUGGCAGUAAGGAAUACUCAGCACUCUACAGUUCAGCAAAGAUUUAAUAAAUCAGUGCUGUCUUAAUUUAAACUACUCCAACUCCAUUUUAAAAUGCAAGAACUGUUUCCCCAGUGCGGGACUCUGCACAACAGCAAAGGAGGAACAAUAACUGUUGCCCAGAAGGAAAAAUAACAGAACGUGUAGGUGGGAAGAGCAUGUAAUUUGGGUGGAGGUCAUCCAGCUGCUGUAUGCCACUGGGGUAUACAGUGAUGGUAGUAAAAUCCAAAAGGGAGUGAGGAAUGGGGAAAAGAGUUCUCUGCAACCUCAAAUGAAAAGGUCUCAACUUGAAUUGACAGAUUUGCAGCAGUAAUAUUUUCUAGCAACAUUUUUUUUCUACAGUUUCUGUGAGAAAAAAAAACUAUGUUAGUAACAUUUGUGUAAAUAACUUCUGGUAAUUUUUAAAUAUAGAUA